AUGCAGGUUGAGAGAAACUCCGUGGUGAAUUCGAUUAGAACAUUUCUUGCUCAGCGGGAUAUGCAUUUCAACUCCUGUGAAGAGACAGAGAAAGAGCUGAAGAGGAUUCGUGAGGAGGCCACAGUUCUGGAAGGUCUUUCCUUUUCUGUUGAUGAGAAUACUUCGCUCUCAUCAACCGUCAUUGAGACCGCAGUAAGGGACGAAGUUAGACUCUGGGCAGAAAAUAUGGAAGAUGCAAUUCUCCGGGGUGAAGCACUUUAUGAGGAGAGCUCCGAACUUGAACGCUUCCUGAUCAACUACAACGCGUUGAAAGCGGCAUUGACCCGGGAAGAGCUUAAGAAAGACGAAGAAGAACACCGAAGUGACAUCUCGGCGAUUCUUGAGAGAAACAACAAUGAAAAUCAAGGAAAUGAGGAAGCUUACGAUGAAUCUCUUCUGAAGAAAUCUCUUGACCAAGUCAUUUUUAUGUCGGUCGAAGUACGGGACUUCACUUCCCAGAUGAUCGGAAAGGAUGAUAUACCAUUCGACGAGCGAUGGGAUCGAAUGAAGCCCGUCAUUCAGAAACUGCUCUUUCUCGAAAAUGUUCCAAGAGAGGAAUGGCACAAAUUGUUUUGGGACGUAUUUGCAUCUAUCCAGUGGGAUCCUGACGGAAGCGAACGACUUCAAAUGGCUCUCACAGAUCUUGUCAGCGAGCGAUUCAAAAAAGUCAAAAUCAGUCUCGAAGAAGUCAGAGACCGAGACGACUCUAAUUAUCUCAAAAUGUUGGAUCACUAUCGUCGAGAGUGGGACGACUUCGAAGCACAGCUUGAGUACUUGCCGGAACCCUUUCGAGCGCUAGAAACUGAGUUUUUGGAGCGCACUGACGAGGAUCUUUCAAUCGAGUAUCUUCUCCUUCUCGAGUGGAAAUUCAUGUUUGCGAAAUUCGAGACCGAGCUGCGUGCUGGCGCAAAACAUUUAAUCCACGAAGAACGUUGUGGCAAUACUGAGUACAGAAACGACGCGCGAGUACAAGCGCUCAAACGCACCUACAUAAACUUGUCGAGAAGGUGCCUCAUCGGCCGCGACCCGCUCCGCGGCCUUGAGCUCGAAUGGGACAUGUACUACUACAAAGAUCGACGGGACUUCUACGUGAAACGCGUCGCAGAAAAACUCGCCGACGGGCCCACUGCCAUUGAGUACAUGUCCUUUGCGCUUGAGACGUAUAACUUCGAGAAAAGAAUGUCCAGGCAAUACAUUGCAGAAGCGUCGUAUAAAAAGUCGCAGGAUGAACUUCUUGAAGUUUUGGUGAACGAGCCCGCCGCAAGCGAACUGAUUUUAUCAUCCAUCGAUUCACUAGUCGACGCUCUUGACAAAGAGGCGCUCAAGAUAGCCUUCAUUCUCAUGCGACCCGACGUGGACAAGUCUCGAGCCCUUCGCAAAGCCGUUAACCAGUAUGUCACGAAACGAGGGACUGAAAGGCUGAAAGCAUGUUCUCUCACUGAUGGCGACGCUGCUGUUAGCUGUAUCCUCAAGCUUUACGAAGAAACCGACAUGCUGAUUGAGUACGCCUUCCAGUCGCAUUUUAAAUUUACAACUGAGCGCGACAGAGGAUUCAACGUUCUGUUGAACAGCACUGAAAUAUUCGGCAAGGAAAAUAAGUUUCCAGAAAUGCUUGCUACUCAUGUAGAUGGCUUGCUCAGAAAGAAAGCCCUUUGCCGAAAAUACAAUGAGCAGGAGAUUGAAGAUCGUAUCUACGGCAUACUUAAUUUGCUGAAGUACAUCGACAGCAAGGACUUGUUCAUGCGCCACCAUAAGCUCCACCUGACUCGACGAUUAGUACUCAACGUCUCAAAUGACCGACAGCUCGAGGAGUCUUUUGUCGACGGACUUCGCUCAAUCGGAAUGCCAUCAGAAUACGUCAACAAGCUCCAGCGAAUGUUCCAAGACAUCAAAUUAUCGGAGGAUCUUAAUAAGGACGUCAAAGCUUUGCUCGACAAAAAAUCUAUCAAUGUAAAAGUUCUCUCUGCCGGAGCUUGGGUGCGCGGUCUAUCUCGUUUCCCCAUUCAGCUUCCUCAUGAAGUCGAAGAGAGCUUGAACGAGAUUGAGAACUACUACAAAGAGCAGCACACCGGCCGCAAGUUGAGCUUUCAUCCGCUCCUUUCCCACGGAACACUCACAUUCGAAUCCAAAGUGGGAAAGUACGAGCUUGAUGUUACGGCACUCCAAAUGGCUGUUUUAUCUUGCUGGAAUAGACGGCCGAACAGCGAACUGACGAUUGAGGAGCUUUGCCUCGGAUCAAUGCUACCUGAGUCUGAAAUCAAGAAAACUCUGACUGUACUGACUCAGAAUCCCAAGCUCAAAAUCCAACUCCUUCUCACUCGUCCACAAGUGAGCAAGGCUGCGAAAGAGUUCACGCCCGGAAUGACUUUCCGUGUCAACCGUGCCUUUGCCUUGAUCAAAAGUGGGAAAGCUGCCACCCGCGGAAAAGUCUCUCUUAUCGGUCGUCUUCCUCUCACCGCUGAAAAAGCGAUGAAGAAAGAAGAUGACGAAGUCUACCAGCUCCGAACUCUUCGCGUCCAAGAAGCUGCUCUCAAAGUACUCAAGGCUAGGAAGAAAGUAGACGCGAACACUCUCUCCGCUGAACUUACAGAGCUGCUAAAGUGUCAAUUCUUGCCCUCGAUGAAGAUGAUCAAAGAGCAGCUUGAAUGGAUCCUCGAGCAGGGUUUCGCUGAACGAGAUCCAAAAAGAAAGAGUGAUGCAAUCUCAGUAUGUCCAUCAACUGAAUAA